CACUGGUAAUUAAUGGUGGUUCCAUCUCCCCUGGCCCAGAUGUAAAAACAAUUUCAUCAAUAUAACAGGAGAGGAUAACCCUAGUUUUAAACGUAUGUAUAAAUUGUCAUUUUUUUUUUCCUCUCAGAAACAGUUUUUUUUCCAAAAUAUUUCGGGUUCUUCCCUCUCGCCGCUUGUCGGGGUUUUGUGGAGGGUAUCCGGUGAUGCGAUUUAAGAUAUUCAUAGCUUAGAGGAUUCGAUCCCGCGACUGACGAUUCCUGGGAACAAAUCUCUGUCUUUAUUCGUUCAUUUUGCCCCUGGAAUGAUAUACAAUCAACCUGAGGAUUGCUUUUGUAUCGAUAUAAUCUUCGGAUGCUUAUUUAGAAGCCCUCAAAACUCAAAGUUUUGGUCAAGUUUGGUGGGAUGGCUGCAUCCUCGGCUGUAGAAUUGCCUUUACCUCUGCAGGAGGUUUUGAUGGAGUUUAGGGCUGGUAAAAUGAUUUUGGAGGGGACAAGAGUUAUGCCUGAUACUCGCAAGGGACUUGUUCGUGUAGCUAAGGGAGACGAAGGUCUCUUACAUUUCCAGUGGCUUAAUCGAACAACUAAUGUGGCAGAGUUAGACCAAAUAAUAUUUCCUGAUGAAGCUGUAUUUGAAAAGGUUCAAGAGUCUUCUGGGCGUGUGUAUAUCUUAAAAUUUAAGGAUGAUGACCGUAAAUUUUUCUUUUGGAUGCAGGAACCAAAAGCUGAUGGUGAUUCCCAUAUAUGUGAUUCUGUUAACUACUUUAUCAAUCAUCCAAUAGAGGAAGUGGAUGAAGGUGAAACUUCAACAGCUUUGCAAAUGUCAGAAGCCUCAGAUGGUGCAAUUGGAUUUGAAGUGUCUUCCAGGGAUACAAAUAUAGAAGGAUCCACAUUAUCUAAUGAUGCUUUAACUGGAAAUGUAAACCCAACUGCAGGACCUGUACAACUCUCAGAUUUGCAGAGAAUUUUAAGUAAUCUGGGUCAAUCAGAAAUGAGCUUGGCAGGGGUUCAAGAUACAGGCCCAAGUUUAGGAGAUAUUCUGAAGCCCGAAUUAGUUCUGCCGAUGGUGGAACAUUUCCCUCUGGAAGAUCGACUGACCUCCUAUUUACCAGAGGGUAUCUGGACUCGUGAAGCAUUUGUGGAAUUACUUCAAAGCCCACAGUUCCGCCAGCAAGUUGAGGCAUUUAAUCAUGUUCUUCGGACUGGCCGUGUUGAUUUGUCACAGUUUGGAAUUGAUCCUCAGAAAUAUAAUUUCACUGUUGCAUCCUUUCUUGAAGCAUUAGAUGAUGCAGUUGCAAAGAAUCCAGAAACAAGUAGUACAGUUGAUUCAUUACCUGUUUCUACUGAGGAAACAAGGCAAGAGGACAAUAAAGACAUUGAUUAUAAUCACCAGAAACAAAGUAGUAGACGAGAUUCCAUGGAUGAAGGUCACUAGCAAAAAUGAUCACUAUUUAUUAUUUUCUGUGAAUAAUUUUCCCAGCCCCCUCUCAUCCUUACCUCCCAUCCUUCAUUUUAUAUUUAUCGGGAUGGGGGCAGGGACUUCAUUGUCAGAAUGGCUCUUAUUUGUACUCAUUUGUAUUCUAAAUCUAAUUCAUUAUCUCAUUAAAGAUC